CAUUUCGAGAACACGGACACUGCACCUCCCUUCCACCACCCACCACUCUACAACAUCCGCCGCACACCACCACCGCGAACCCCACGCCGACGAUACUCUCACCGCCUUCUGUCGAAUAACCGUCGCUGUAAACCCCACGCUCACAUCACAAUGGACCAAGCAAAGGAGCUUCUGGAGAUGCCUCGCGAGUUCGUCAAGGACGGCCGCCAAUUCAUCACGCGAUGCAGCAAGCCCGACAAGCGCGAGUUCCUCCGCAUCUCACAAGCAGUCGGGAUGGGCUUCUUGAUCAUGGGCGUGAUUGGAUAUAUCGUCAAGUUGAUCCACAUUCCUGUAAACAACAUCUUGGUCGGCGGCGCAUAGAUGAGGAAAAGCAUAGUCGGGCGGUACGAACAGAGGAGCUUGGGCACGAGCGGUGAUUGGAGUCUCGAGCGCCUACAAUGGCGUCGUGGCUCACGCGCAUGGACCAGUUGUCGAAAUUCAGAUUUCAAGGCUAUGUCCUGAGGAUACCAGCAUAGCAAGGCGUUGGGGCGGAAAAAAGAGAUACCAUGGGCAGGACCGAUCUGUCUUGUGCAAGGGAGUGUCCCGCGGAUCUUAACAACAGUACGUCCAGCAGGGCGCCGCAAAAUGUAUAUGGUACAGUUGUGUCGCAGGAAGCAAUCAAAAUUGUCAAGACCCAUGUUCGAUCUCUCUGCAUCCACUCUGACCGAGCUAUACUGGUAUCAAAGAGAACAGCAUAAUAAUCAUUAGGAUGCUGGCUCAGCCAUAUCAAAUCACCAACGUUAGAGCGGGCCAUUUUUUGAGA